AUGCGAGCGGUACUGCCGGGCAGACCCCCAGCCAAGCUCCAGUCGUUCAGCACGGCGCUCUGGAAUGGUCUUCGUGUUGUUGCAUACAUCUCCGGCCAUGCGCUAGUUAUCCUCAGCGGUCCGCAGACGCUCCUCCAAACGAUCUACGUCGACGACACCGAUAUUCUCGAAGCCGUGGUGAUAGAUGAAUCGUCCGGGAAAAUUGCUGUUUGUGGUGGCCCCGAUGUGUUCGUGUACCAGCCGUACGGCAUCAAGGGUGAAACGCUCAAGUGGUCUCUCCUUAACACGUUUCGUGCCUCCGAUGACGAAGAACCGAUCUAUACACUAUCGUGGGGUUCCGCAAAUGAGCUGUUGGUGGGCAACUCCCGCCUUGCCCUUUGGUUUAUGAAUGAUGAGCCACGUCUGGUAUGGAAACGAAAACUUGCGAUGCCGGUCAAAUUCGCACAAUUCUCCCCGGACUCAGCUUUGAUUGUUACGGUGGGACGGUAUGACCGAUUGGCCAAAGUCUGGCGACGGCUUGCUUUUGGCGCCGACGAGGUCCGAUUCGAAGUGUCGUAUCUGCCCCACCCGAACAUUGUCACUGGAAUACACUGGCGACUACCUCGGCAUCCUGAGCAGUCUAUCGAUAAUGUUCUCUAUACGUUUUGCGCCGAUAAUAAGAUUCGAGUAUGGGCUGUGACUGACCACCAAGCGCUUUCUGCGCUACAACUAUGGACCGAAAUUGACAUGGGAGAGUCAGUCCAGCCCAGAGAUGCAUCUGAUCAGCAUCAUGGCCCGCAGCGGCGGUACGGUUUCAUCUUGGAUGGGCGCGAGUUUUGUGUGGCCACAGAGCGUGCCAUCCAGCGAAAAACUGGGAACGAAGCAAAUCAUGCGUUAGAACAUAUCAUCGAGGUUGCAAGCAACUCGCCAGAGAUCUGUGUUGUCACCGAUGGCCAAGGGCAUAUGUCUGCCUGGGCAUUGGAAGAUGUUGGCUCCAAAGCGAAGACUAAACUGAGCGUGUUCAAUAUCCUGCACGUUGAAGGCCUGGAAUUUGGAUUUGCUUUCGACCGAUCUCCACAGGAGGACUAUGCUCAGAUUCGCGCAUUCCAAAAUACACCGUCUGAUGACAAGCUGAGUGUCCUUGUUCAUCACUAUGAUGGCCGAAUCGAGUGGUAUGAUUCUCAUGUGGAUGUUCUCUUUGACCCUGCACCGCGCGCGAAACGAAUUACCCAAAGAGCGUCUUGGUCUGGUCACACUGCACCGGUGAAAAAGAUUGUUCGAAAUGCCACUGGUGAUACAUUGGUGUCGCGUACCAAUGAGAAUAAAGCCACUGUGUGGAAACAAAAGCGUCGAAACGGUGGUUCAUUAGCACACAAGAGCGUCCUGCUUUCAGAUGAACAUAUCUACCGGACAUGUGUGAUCGAGGAUUAUGACCUCCUUGUGAAUCUCCAUCAUAAUGGAAUCUCACUGUGGGAUUUCAGUGUAAACCACGCUAGGAAUGUGGCUUCUCUACCUUUCACUGAGCCCACAAAACCACUCUGUGUCUUACCAAUCCCUAGCACUGAAAAUAUUGCGGGUGUUGCCUAUGUCGCAACGAUAUGGGCAGAUAUGCGUGGCAUUGUGUGGGAGGUACGUGUGUCUGGUCUUGAUGCCCCAAACGCAAAAUCCGAGACUAGCCAGGGUCACUCACUGCGUGAAUUUUGUACCUUUGACAUGGGUUUGAAUGAAGACGUCGCAUACAUUCUUCCUGUGGAUCCGGCUGGCCCGAAGGUCGAAACCUCGAGCUUCUUUGAUUCGUUUUCUAAUGAUGUCGCCCUCUCAUACACCCACAGUGGAGUUGUGCGGACCUGGACAGCUAAGGUCGACCCCACAAAUGUCAAGAUCGACUGGCUUCUUCAAUCAACAGUCGACACAGGUAUCGCAAAUCCCGGGCUAGCAAGUGGCAGCUCUAUUCGCAAGGCUGCCCUGGUUGACGAAAACAAGACACAUCUCACAAUUUGGGAUAUGAACAAUGCUCAGCUGGAGUUUGAGGAACAUUUUGCUUCACAUGACAUUAUUCGAGACCUUGACUGGACUUCCACACCCGACAAGCAGUCGAUUUUGGCGGUGGGAUUCCCUCAUAAGGUGGUGCUAUUGUCGCAACUUCGCUAUGACUAUCUAGAUUCUCGACCCUCAUGGACGCAAGUUCGGGAGAUAUGGAUUCGAGAUCUCACGCCUCAUCCCAUAGGCGACUCCUGCUGGCUUAACAACGGACACCUGGUCAUUGGUGCCGGAAAUCAGUUGUUCGUUUACGACAAAGAUAUAGAUGUUGGAGACCGAUUGGUUUCUGAACUUCGAAUGCCCUCACGAGGACUUUCUUCUGUCGAUCUUUUCGAUGUUGUCAGCCGCCUCAAUGGCCCAUUGCCCGUCUUCCAUCCACAAUACCUAGCACAAUGUAUCCUUUCUGGGAAGAUGAGCUUGGUACACUCGAUUUUGUUGAACCUACACAAGAAGCUCAAGUUUUACACCGAAGGUGAUGAAAUGGACGGCUUUCUGGAUAUGCCUGUUGAAUACUUCUACGAGGAAGACGCUUCACAACAAGUGACCUCAAAAGAACUGCGCUCCUCCUAUCUUGAUUCCACAGAAGAUGAAUACUCCUCCGUUGUGGAUGAAAAUACUGCAACUGCCCUUAAUGAAUGUUUAGCGCGAAUUGCUUUGCCUCAGCUGUCAAGUCAUGAGCAGUUCCGCUUGGCAGAUACGAUUGAAUGUGUCGCCAUGGUUGAGAAGCACCGCCGGUCAAUGGAUGAUAAUGCGGCACGUUAUCUUUUGUUCUUCCGACAACAUAUGUUGCGAAAGAGCCAAGGAGUUGCCAAUAAAGACACUGUAUCAUGGAGAGAGAUCGUUUGGGCAUACCAUAGUAACAGCCAAGACAUCCUCACGGAUCUUGUGUCUCGGCAAUUCACCGCAAAACUAACAUGGAAGGCAGCUAGAGAAAGCGGUCUUUUCAUGUGCCUGUCAGACCCGGUAGCUGUGAAAGCACAACUUGAGAUCCUUGCUCGGUGUGAAUAUACCAAGACGGAGGAGAGGAACCCGAUCGACUGCACACUCUAUUACAUUGCCCUUAGGAAGAAGAAUGUUCUCCAAGGGCUUUGGCGCAUCGCACAUUGGAACCGGGAACAGGCAGCUACCCAGCGUCUUCUCGCGAAUGACUUCAGCGAGCCACGGUGGAAGACAUCGGCCCUCAAGAAUGCUUAUGCGCUACUCGGAAAGCGACGUUUUGAAUACGCCGCAUCUUUCUUCCUUCUUGCCGACCAUCUUCGCGAUGCUGCCAACGUCAUAAUGAACCAGAUGGGUGAUAUCCAGCUUGCUAUUGCAAUCACCCGAGCUUACGAAGGGGACACUGGACCUGUUCUGCGGGAGAUUUUAGAAGAAAAGCUGCUGCCCUUGGCAGCUUCGGAGGGCAACCGCUGGAUGGCCUCUUGGGCUUUCUGGAUGCUCGGACGACGGGACAUGGCCGUGCGGGCGCUGAUUUCACCGGUUGAGACCCUCCUUUCACCGGGAACCCCCGCGACCCCAGGAAGUCCUGGGCACGUGAAGCUACAAUCGAAAUCGUAUCUUUCGAAUGAUCCUGCAUUGGUAGUCUUAUACCACCAACUUCGUGCAAAGACCCUCCAGACCCUCAAGGGUGCAUCCAAAGUGCGCCCGAGAGAAGAGUGGGAAUUCGUUUGUCGCAAUGCCAGACUUUAUGAUCGCAUGGGAUGUGAUUUCCUUGCUCUCGACCUGGUCCGUCACUGGGAGUUCCUCGGCGGACUUCCUACCCAGGACUCCAUGAAGCCGAACACAUCUCUUGAGAUGAAUGAGAACGGCGUCGAUUACCGCAAACUGCUUCGUCGGCGGAGCAGCCUUGUCGUUGCUGAUAUGCCGGUGCGAUUGGCCAGUGCAGUGCAACAGCCUGCAGCCCCUGAAAAGCCCGCAGAAGAUCCACAAGAACAGAAGCCAAAGCCGAAAGCACCCACAAUGUUCCAUGAGCCAGAUGCCAACUCUUUGCUGGACAGCUUUGGUUUUUAA